CGGGGCUCCCGGCUGUCACCGCGAUGAGGAGACGCCGCCGCCGUCGCCGUCGUCGUCGUCGUCGCCGACGCUGGGCCGCUCCGGGGUGCGCCCCUCAGGGGGUGUGAGGAGAGGCCAGGCCCUCCCGCAGCUCCCGAACCCUGGACAGUGACGACACGAUGUGCUAGCCAGCCGGCGAGCGGCCAGCAUCCACACCAUGCCCGUGCAGGCGGCCCAGUGGACGGAGUUCCUGUCCUGCCCCAUCUGCUACAAUGAGUUUGACGAGAACGUGCACAAGCCCAUCAGCUUAGGCUGCUCGCACACGGUCUGCAAAACCUGCCUCCAUAAGCUGCACCGGAAGGCCUGCCCCUUUGAUCAGACGGCCAUCAACACUGACAUCGAUGUGCUCCCUGUGAACUUUGCCCUCCUCCAAUUAGUUGGAGCCCAGGUCCCUGAUCACCAGACAAUCAAGCUAAGCAACGUUGGAGAGAACAAACACUAUGAGGUGGCGAAGAAAUGCGUGGAAGAUCUGGCCCUUUAUUUGAAACCACUGAGCGGGGGCAAAGGGGUGGCCAGUUUGAAUCAAAGCGCCCUGAGCCGGCCCAUGCAGCGGAAACUGGUGACCCUGGUGAACUGUCAGCUGGUGGAAGAGGAAGGCCGGGUCAGGGCCAUGCGGGCCGCCCGCUCCCUUGGGGAGAGAACAGUGACGGAGCUGAUCCUGCAGCACCAAAAUCCUCAGCAACUGUCGGCCAACCUGUGGGCCGCCGUCCGGGCACGAGGCUGCCAGUUCUUAGGGCCAGCUAUGCAGGAAGAAGCUCUGAAGCUGGUGCUGCUGGCCUUAGAGGACGGCUCGGCCCUCUCCCGGAAGGUCUUGGUCCUUUUUGUGGUCCAGAGGCUGGAGCCGAGAUUCCCCCAGGCGUCGAAAACCAGCAUUGGCCACGUCGUGCAGCUGCUGUACCGCGCUUCAUGUUUUAAGGUGACCAAACGGGACGAAGAUUCUUCCCUGAUGCAGCUGAAAGAGGAGUUCCGCAGCUACGAAGCUUUGCGGAGGGAGCACGACGCGCAGAUUGUCCACAUCGCCAUGGAAGCCGGGCUUCGGAUCUCGCCGGAGCAGUGGUCCUCCCUCCUAUAUGGCGACUUAGCCCAUAAAUCCCACAUGCAGUCCAUCAUCGAUAAGCUUCAGUCCCCAGAAUCUUUUGCAAAAAGCGUGCAGGAAUUGACCAUCGUCCUGCAGCGCACAGGUGACCCUGCAAAUCUGAACAGGCUGCGUCCCCAUCUGGAGCUCUUGGCCAACAUUGACCCUAAUCCAGAUGCUGUGUCUCCAAUGUGGGAGCAGCUAGAAAAUGCCAUGGUGGCUGUGAAGACGGUCGUCCACGGCCUGGUGGACUUCAUUCAGAAUUACAGCAGGAAAGGCCACGAGGCUCCGCAGUCACAGCCAAACAGCAAAUACAAAACGAGCAUGUGCCGUGACCUCCGGCAGCAAGGCGGGUGCCCGCGUGGGACAAACUGCACCUUUGCUCACUCUCAGGAGGAGCUGGAGAAGUAUCGGCUUCGGAACAAGAAGAUCAGCGCCACCGUCCGCACGUUCCCUCUGCUGGGCAAAGCCAGCGUCACGAGCACCGUCUCCACCACGGUGGGAAGUGUCAUCUCCAUUAUUGGGAGCACGGAGACGGCCGGCAAGUUGGCGUCCAGCACCAAUGGGAUCGCGAGCUUAGACGGCAGCGGCAUUCCCCAGCUAAUCCCCCGUUGCGCAGAGGCCUCCUCCUUGAGGACUCUGGACAAUGUCAAGAAAGUGGGGAAGGCGGGCAGCAAUGGCCAGAUCAUCUCUGGAUCCCCCACGGAUCCCCUCCCCGAAAGUAAAAUUGGCUCCCCUCCGAAGACUCCGGUCAGCCAAGCCAUUGCUACCUCAGCAGGGCCCCCUGCUCCCCCUCCCGCUCCUCCCUCUGGGACCGAGAUGAGCACUCUUGCACCCAAAGCCAACCCUUUCGCCCCUAGGGUGCCUGUCUACCCUCCGCUCUCCGACAGCCUUCAGUAUUUUCAAGAUCCCAGGACGCAUCUCUCCUAUGAAGCCUCGCAGUACCCUCAAGCAGGUUACUACCCACCCCCUCCGCCGCCACCACCACCGACCGUCCCCACCGGCAUGGCUCCCUGCCUCCCCCGCUUCGUGAGGUCCGGAAACGUCCCGGAGCCUCCCCUCCCGCCGGCUUCGGUGCCCUACGGGGACCAUUACAGCGCCUUCUCUCCUCGGGACCGGCUGAACUCUCCUUACCAGCAGCCGCCUCCACCGCAGCCAUACGGGCCGGUCCCGCCGGUCCCUUCCGGGAUGUACGCCCCCGUGUACGACAGCCGGCGCAUCUGGCGGCCGCAGAUGUACCCGCGGGACGACCUUCUCCGGAGCAACUCCUUGCCCCCCAUGGACGUUGUGCAUCACCCCUCCGUCUACCAGACUUUCCUGCGAGAAAGAUACAACUCGGUGGACAGUUACUACUCCAUGGCCUGCCCGUUGCCAGCAGAGCAGAGGACGGUGCCUUUGUCACGGGAGCCCUGCGGCCACUCAAAGCCUGGGUAUGACGACCCGCUAAGAAGGAAGCCGGAGCAGUGGGCGCCGGGCCAUGCGCCGAAAGCCCCUCUUGCCGCGGCCUCUCCCCUUCCUCCACCCACACAGUCGCCGCCACCGCCUUCCCCACUCUUCAGCGUGGACUUCAGCACGGAGUUUUCCGAGAGCUCCAGCGACUUGAACAGCACCAAGUACGAGGAGGAUCGGCUCUCCCACUACUCGCCCUGGUCCUGCGGCACCAUCAGCUCCUGCAUCAAUGCCAUCGAGUCGGACCCCAAGGAUGUCGUAGCCAACUCUGGCACGGUGCUCCUGGAUCUGGAUAGUGGGGAUGUGAAGCGGCGGGUGCACCUCUUCGAAACCCAGAGGCGGGUGAAGGAGGAGGACCCCAUCAUUCCCUUUGGCGACGGGCCCAUCAUCUCCAAAUGGGGUGCCAUCUCCCGGUCGUCGCGUACGGGUUACCACACAACGGACCCAGUUCAAGCCACUGCUUCCCAAGGAAGUGCUACCAAGCCAAUCAGCAUGUCAGAUUAUAUCCCUUACGUCAGCACCGUUGAUUCAAGGUGGAGUUCCUACACCUCAGACUCUGCUUCCUCGGUGUCUUUCAUAGAACGGGACCGGUUCAUCGUAACUGAGGUCUCCGCUCCAAGGAAGCAUUCUAGUGCUGGUGAUCUCCAGAGCCUAGAACUCCAGCAGGCCAAAAGCAAUUCGUUACUGCUUCAGAGAGAGGCCCAUGCCCUCGCCACCCAGCAGAAAUGGAGCUCCUUGAACGAAAGCAGCCAUCUCACCUUAAACCUUUUGAGCAAGGAUCUUGACUUGAGCAAUGGCGAGGCCGACUAUGCAGAGGACAGCGGGGACACAAAGCCUGACCGAGACAUUGAACUCGAACUCUCCGCCCUCGACACAGAUGAGACCGACGGACAGGGAGAGCCGAUUGAAGAGAUUCUGGGCCUGCAGCUCGGGAUCAGCGAUCAGGAUGAUCCUCUGUUCAAUGGCUCUGCUCUGGAGAAUGGCCAUCCGCUGGACCAGCCCCUGAAGGAGCCCAGGCAGCAGAAGAGGACCAGCUUAGGGGACGACCUUGCUCUUCUAAUCAUGGGAUGUGUAGUCCAGCGGAACGCAUGGAAUUCUCAAGAGAGCUUGGCUGCCCUUCGACAAGAUUCGGCAGGAAGGAGAAAGCGCUGUGGGACUGCUGCAAGCGUGUCGUGGCGACAGUAAUCCAGGUGUUCUGCUCGAAAUUUUCGAAACAGUGAAUUGCCGGCCCAAGUAAACCACUGGCCUUCCAAGUCGCACGCCGGUUUCCUUUCGGCGCUUGAGCAGGCUCUUACAUGAUCUUGCCACAAAAGUGUGAUUGUCUUGGCGUUCCCAUGAGAAAUUCCACCUCCCAGGGCCGAGCUGGCUGUUUUGCAUCCACAUCAGAAUGCAGAACUUAGGGGGUCACCUUAGAUCAGCCAAGGAGACAAGACUAGGCUCCUUAAUACUUUUAGCCUGUUUUAGGGCCCUCUGCCUUUGGAAAGUGGAAAUUCAGGCAGACAAGGAGCGGGAAUCGAGAAAAAUGGGGCAUGGAUACGCUAGGCAGACAUGUACAAAAUGAUUAUGGUAGCAGGAAGAGUUUGUGUGACGGUCGCUCCUUUUCUUUUUCUUUUGACUUAGUGCUUCAGUAGCCAGGUUUCCAAAAUGAAAGGAUGCUACCUCUAGCUGGUACCCGAUGUGAACUUGCAGGACUUUGAUGACAAGUAGGUAGCACUGGAGUGACAUGUGUGUCAAGGCAGUUACAUCAAUGCCACAGAGCCGAGACGACCAGCGUGCCAUUUUUGCACGUGGUCUGCAUUAUCUUUCAGAUGCACAAGCCCCUUGCUGCAAGCCCUGCCACUCUACAAACCAGGCAGGAUAUUUUUUUAUCCUUCCCGGGUGCAUUCUUUAAAAAAGAAGGGUAGCUGGCAACUAUGAGUCUGUAUUGAAACACAGGAAGUGCAUUCCUUGUGUUCUGUGUGCAGGGUGAAUGCUCUGUCGCCAGAACAGCUUUACAUUAAAAACAAAACUCAUUACCGCGUGUUACACAUUUUGUCUUUUUAUUUAAAAAAAGAGAAAACUUUAAAGAACUUCACACACCUUGGCUGCUUUUAGGACAGCAAUGUUAGGUGAGGGUUGUUUUUUUUUCAUGUAAAGAAGAACGGUGGUCACUAUCAGAUUUAUGGUCUGAUUUUGUGAGUUGCUACCUUUUCCCGGUAUUUAUUAUCCUUUGCAAAGGUAAGAUCUGGCUGAAUCUGGGGAGUGUGCCCCUAUCCCGGGGGACAGGGGGCAUGGGGACACCCAGUAACUAUCCACUACUUACGACAGAUGCAUCUUUGUAUUUAGGUGGCUCUUUCUCCUUUAGAGAUCAGAUGUGCACUGCAGAGAACACAAAAAGAUGAAAAUGGCCUGGCAUCGCAUUUUGCUUUCGGAGGGCGGCGCUGCGGGUAGCUUUUCCCACUCUGUGAACACCCAGCCAUUUCCUUCAUGCAGGGGGAACAUUACGAUACAGUGCUUUGCUGGCAAAGUGGUACAUUAAAAAAAAAUCAUCACAUCCCUCCGUUAAGGGAAGGGGCUGAGGUGGGGCAAGGCUAAAUUGCUCAUGGAUCCCACCCGCUCCCGGUAAAAAUCAAAAAUUUUGGGGGGGGGAUCUAUCCACAUAAGGAGGCAUGCUUUUUGUGAAGCUUUUAAUUGACACUUUGUAUACUUGAGCGUUUUUUUAAAAAAUCAAAUCCCUUCUGGCUACCUUUAUGCCAGACGGCAAAGCAUAGAAGGUUUGCAGAAACUUUAACCUAGAGGAGUCCUCCCUUAUUUAGUCCAAGGCAUGGGAAUGCAUGCUUUUUCCUUUUUUGGGGCAGACAAAAAAAAUACAUUAUACUGUAGUUGUGAUACAACAUAUGUGGCUUUUCUUCGUACUGCGCACAUCCACUGUACAGCCACUCCGGAGUAUCGUGGUUUAAGCUUGCAGUAUCUGCCGCCUGCGUUUUAUACUAUAUACUGUGUAUUCUUUUCCCUGGAAGUUUAAAAAAGGAAAAAAAGAAAAGAAAAACAUUUUUUUUCUUGUUGACUAACAUUUUGUAAACUCACUUAGCCUAGAAAGUUUGGGAAAAGAGGCCUGUUUGUCAGUUGUACAGCCGGUUGUGAAGCUCAGGUGUGAAUAUUUUUACGUCUGUAUUAGACAUUUUCUUUGCAAAUCUAUUGUUCGAUUGAAAUGUAAAUGACAUAAAAGAUGGUGUACACCCAUCAUGUAUAAUAAAGCAGACACCAUCGCUACGAUGGAUUUAAUGCUCAUUUUUAAUGGUGCAUUCUCAGCUUCUAUUUAAAAAUAUAAUUUAAGGGGAAAAAAUCUGUAAAAUGAAAUGGGGGAAUAUAUUUGGGGGGGGAUAUGAAUUCUAUUCCAUUUAGUUCCAUUUAAAAUUUCCAAAUUGUACCGUUCUUUUUCUCCUUUUGUGUUAUAGGAAUAGGAUUUACAUGGGAAAGCUUAGACCGUACGGUCUGUAUUUUCUGGGCGGGAAAGGUGAUGCGUUGGGGGUGGGCUUUGUGAUUUAGCCUGAAUAGCCGCGUGGAUUCUGUGGGGUGCGUGUUUGUUGUAGCACUGAAGUGAAGAGAUAAUUUAGCUUUUGGGCUGGUCACGACAGACUUUAGCAAAUCGUGGUGUGUAUGUUUCCUCCCCCCCAGUGUUUCGAGAGAGAAUUAAUAGGAAAAAAAGUUUGCAGUACUUGACAUGUAUUUGCAUGCCGUAAAAUAAAAAAAAAUGUCCACCUAAA